GCGAGAGGCACAAAGUUCAAAGACCAACACGGUAAUUUUAGAAAAAAAGACUAUCCCCUCUCUAGCUACUUGUUUCACACGAAAGACUUGGCCGACGAGUUGUUUCAAACUGUACCUUGAACGAGAAGUCAUCACAAAUCGCACUUGUAAAAGAUGAAGCACUUCUUCCGCACGGUGCUUGCCGUAUCGGCACUCUCCACGCAUGUUGACGCCAAGGCCCGCAAAGCGAAAAUCGGGAUGGCGGACACGAUUCGAGGUAGAGCUUCUCACUCCAAAGUCCAUGACGGAUGUUGCCGCAUUCCCUUGUAAGUGUAUGUAAAUCUGGCAUGCCAUAGCUCCACUUGAAUGACAAAGUCUGAAGUGACAUCAAACAAUCAACGACGAUUUUUUGCAAAUCAUGAUUCGUGGUAUAAUUGUUCCCACCGCCCCUAGGUACCUGCGUGAACCCCCCGCAAGAGGCCGACCUGCGCGAGCGUGUGGAGUACGGCGACAAGAUCGAAAUCAAGCUCUCCGCGUACACCGACAAUCCGGAGAGUAAGGAUGGUUUGGAGUACUCCGUGGACAAAGCCCUGCAGACCAUCACCGUCGGCCGGGCGAACGUGCCGGUCCUCAACGAGAUGACGCUGGGCAUGUGCCCCAACGAGAUCCGCCGCAUCAUGACCUGGAUCAACCCCAAGCACAAAAUCGGCCCGCUGGCGUACAAAGACUUUUACUAAAUUUACGAAAUAUUUGCUUCUUUUCGUUUCGUGAUGCAAAAUGUGUACAGUACUCGGAGAAACCGCAUUGUUUUUGAUGUCAGAUUGGAUCAUUUUGUGCAUGAUUUGUAUCCAAGAAGAACAUACUGCAGGUACAUGGUGGAGGUGGUGAAAAUCGUGGCAAAAAAGGCAAUAUCCUUUGCAAAAGUAUCGCUCACGUAAAUGCGGCCAUUUGAUUUUGUAGCGUUUCGCGUUCGAAAACGCGCCCCAUGCAUAAUGUUGAGCUCCUACGCUUUGCUUUUGAAAAAAGCUGUCCCACGACGUAUGGAUCAUUCCUGAGCGAUACAUCUUUUGCACUGCAUAGACGCUGCAGGCCGGUGGCCCGGGCGGAUUUGAUGAGUUGUAGAAUGUUUCUGUUAUGACGCGACGUUGAUUGACGUCACGUUGUUGACGCAUGGCAAUGUCAAUCUUUCAUUUGUUUUUCGUUUCAUCUGUUUCUUUCUGUUUGUGAAUGAAUUUGCUUUCCUCUCUUUUUAAACUCAAGUUUUUCGCUCGUGGCGGUGACCUAGAAUUUCAUUGGACAAAACUUUUGGAAAGGCGAGUAAGACUUGAGAAUUUUUCUCCAUGUAAUGAACCACGACCAGACUGAAGUUUUUCUCUUUUUGACUUUGUGUCUACGAGGACGAUUUUGUAAAAUGAAAAAACAUGAUAUUGGGUGAUUGCAACGGGGGUAUCCGCCUCACAAGUUUCUUUGUGCUUCGUUACAACCGUCCGGAAAAACAAAACUUUCUUGCCACUCAAAAACCGUCUUUGUUUCUCGAUUUUUUUAUGAACUAGUUGCGAACUUACUUUUUUCGAGAUAUUAUGACAGGAAGGUGGAAUUCAAUUACUACACCCCCAGUUUUAUGCUCGGGACCUCGCACUGAAAGGCAAAGGUUGCGUGUUCUACUUCCUGGGGCGAUCAUGCAACGGAUUCAUGGUAGGCCGCCAACGCCUCAACCUCAAGUACUUAAAGAUCCCGUAUACCGGAUGUUGAACAGCACUUGAAAAAGAUCUCUUGAAAACGUACAGCUUGAGUUUGUACCUCCUCUGCUGAAGUAUCUACACGUCGAUCGAUCGAGACGCAAGCGGAGCAUCAAUCACAUAUCGCCGAAAAAAAGAUGGGGACUUCCGAUCUCCCGACACAUCGCCAGCACCUGGGCCCAACGCUCGACCAGGCGGUGCUUCCCGAUCGCGAGCCACCCGUCUGCGUCUUCCACGUGCGCCUAUAUUUCGUCGGGAUCGGGAC